UGUGUGCGUUACACAUUCACAACACAACAAAGCCGUUUCAACACAAGUGUGUCUCUCUAUGUGUACCUGAAACCUGUCAGUUGUGAACUCCGGAUGAGUGACAUUUGUCUCUUCCUUCUUCACAAAGCUUCUUCUUCUCUCUCUCUCUCAUUAUUCAUUCACACACUCACACAUAAACAUCAUCAUCAUCAUUACUGUGUUGUUCCUCGGAGAAUAGGGAGCUGUUUCUGAAGUGGGAGUGUAUCAAAAGUUUAAGUAGAGUUCAUCACCAUGAUGGAGCCAGAAGGGGAAGCUGGGGGAAAGCCAAUGACAACAUUGGGUGAUCAAGUAUGCAAGAUUUGUGGGGAAAAUAUUGGGAAGACGGUUGAUGGUGAACCAUUCAUUGCAUGUGAUGCUUGUGCUUUUCCUGUUUGUCGGCUUUGCUAUGAGUAUGAAAGGAAAGAUGGGAAGCAAUCUUGCCUUCAGUGUAAAACCCGAUACAAGAAGCAUAAAGGUAGUCCUGCAGUUAUUGGAGAUAGUGAAGAGGAGGUAGGCGGUGAUGAUGUUGCUCUUGAAUUCAAUUAUGAUUUGGAAAACCUAAACCAAAAACAAAAGCAGAAGAUUUCAGAGCGCAUGUUGGGGUGGCAGUUAACACUCGGGCGAUCAGGAGAGCUUGGCACCCUAAAUUACGAUAAGGAAGUUUCUCACAAUCACAUUCCUAGACUGACAAGUGGACAAGAGGUGUCUGGAGAAUUUUCUGCAGGCUCCCCUGAGAGGCUCUCAAUGUCAUCACCCGUAGCUGGUGGGGGGAAGCGUGUCCAUAGUCUUCCAUAUUCGUCUGAUGUUAAUCAAUCUCCAAAUACAAGGAUUGUCGACGCAAAAUUGGGCAAUGUAGCAUGGAGAGAAAGAGUUGACGGCUGGAAGAUGAAGCCAGAAAAGAAUGCUGCUCCGAUGAGCACAGGCCAAGCUGCUUCUGAAAGAGGGGCUGGAGAUAUUGAUGGCAGAUCUGAUGUCCUUGCUGAUGAUUCAUUGUUGAAUGAUGAAGCUCGGCAGCCUCUUUCCAGGAAGGUUUCUAUUCCAUCAUCUAGGAUAAAUCCUUAUCGAUUGGUCAUUGUUCUGCGACUGGUUGUCCUUUGCAUUUUCUUGCAUUAUCGAUUAACAAAUCCGGUCCGCAAUGCAUAUGCAUUAUGGUUGGUAUCAGUUAUAUGCGAGAUUUGGUUUGCCAUAUCCUGGAUAUUGGAUCAAUUCCCUAAGUGGCUUCCUGUCAACCGCGAAACAUAUCUCGACAGACUUGCACUGAGAUAUGAUCGGGAAGGAGAACCAUCUCAACUAGCGGCUGUCGACAUUUUUGUCAGUACCGUUGACCCGUUAAAGGAGCCUCCACUCGUGACUGCCAAUACUGUACUUUCUAUUCUUUCAGUUGACUAUCCAGUGGAUAAGGUUUCCUGCUAUGUUUCUGAUGACGGCGCCGCUAUGUUGACAUUUGAAGCUCUUGCUGAAACAUCAGAGUUUGCAAGAAAAUGGGUUCCAUUCACCAAGAAGUAUAAUAUUGAACCCCGCGCACCCGAGUGGUACUUUGCACAGAAGAUUGAUUACUUGAAGGAUAAGGUUCAGACAUCAUUUGUCAAGGAUCGUAGAGCAAUGAAGAGAGAAUACGAAGAAUUUAAAAUUCGUAUUAAUGGACUUGUUGCGAAGGCAACAAAAGUUCCGGAAGAAGGGUGGGUAAUGCAAGAUGGUACACCGUGGCCUGGAAAUAAUGUCAGAGACCAUCCGGGAAUGAUCCAGGUUUUCUUAGGCCAAAGUGGAGGACUUGACACUGAUGGCAACGAACUUCCACGUUUAGUCUAUGUUUCUCGUGAAAAGCGUCCAGGUUUCCAACAUCACAAGAAAGCUGGUGCCAUGAAUGCACUUGUUCGAGUAUCUGCUGUCCUUACUAAUGGACCUUUCUUAUUGAAUCUUGAUUGUGAUCACUACAUAAACAACAGCAAGGCCUUGAGGGAGGCUAUGUGCUUUAUGAUGGAUCCUAACCUCGGUAAACAUGUUUGCUAUGUCCAGUUUCCACAGAGGUUUGAUGGUAUUGAUAGGAACGAUCGAUAUGCCAAUCGUAAUACUGUUUUCUUUGACAUAAAUCUGAGAGGUUUGGAUGGCAUUCAAGGUCCUGUUUAUGUCGGUACUGGAUGUGUCUUCAAUAGGACGGCUUUAUACGGCGAAGAACCUCCUCUUAAACUGAAACAUAAAAAGCCUGGGUUUCUGUCAUCACUCUGUGGUGGAAGUAGAAAGAAGAGUUCAAAAUCUAGUAAGAAAGGAUCAGACAAGAAAAAUUAUAACAAGCACGUCGAUCCAACUGUGCCGAUCUUCAGUCUGGAGGAUAUUGAAGAAGGAGUAGAAGGUUCUGGAUUUGAUGAUGAGAGAGCACAACGUAUGUCACGAGAGGACCAUGAGAAAAGAUUUGGCCAAUCAACUGUUUUUGUUGACUCUACGCUGAUGGAGAAUGGUGGUGUUCCUCAGAGUGCUACUCCAGAAACUCUUCUGAAGGAGGCUAUUCAUGUUAUCAGCUGUGGUUAUGAGGAUAAAUCAGAAUGGGGAACAGAGAUAGGAUGGAUUUACGGUUCCGUCACAGAAGAUAUUCUUACUGGAUUCAAGAUGCACGCCCGUGGUUGGCGGUCUAUAUACUGCAUGCCUAAGCGGCCAGCAUUUAAAGGUUCUGCACCCAUCAAUCUUUCUGAUCGUCUAAACCAAGUGCUUCGAUGGGCUUUAGGUUCUGUUGAAAUUCUUUUUAGCCGACAUUGUCCCAUCUGGUAUGGUUAUGGUGGAAGACUAAAGUGGCUUGAAAGGUUUGCAUACAUUAACACCACGAUCUAUCCAGUCACUGCCAUUCCCCUUCUCAUGUAUUGUACCUUGCCAGCUGUCUGUCUUCUCACAAACAAGUUCAUCAUCCCUCAGAUUAGCAACUUAGCUAGUAUAUGGUUUAUCUCUCUCUUUCUUUCCAUCUUCGCAACUGGAAUCCUAGAGAUGAGAUGGAGUGGUGUUGGAAUUGAUGAGUGGUGGAGAAACGAACAGUUUUGGGUUAUCGGUGGUGUGUCAGCACAUCUUUUCGCCGUGUUCCAAGGUCUACUAAAAGUACUUGCUGGAAUCGACACAAACUUCACCGUCACCUCCAAAGCAUCAGAUGAAGACGGAGACUCCGCAGAACUUUACAUGAUUAAAUGGACAACACUUCUCAUUCCUCCAACAACGCUUCUUAUAAUAAACUUGGUAGGAGUUGUUGCUGGUAUAUCUUAUGCUAUCAAUAGUGGUUACCAAUCAUGGGGUCCACUCUUUGGUAAACUUUUCUUUGCAUUUUGGGUUAUCGUUCAUCUCUACCCUUUCCUUAAAGGUCUUAUGGGACGCCAGAAUCGAACGCCAACCAUUGUUGUGGUCUGGUCGAUUCUUCUUGCAUCCAUUUUCUCUCUAUUAUGGGUUCGAGUUGAUCCGUUUACUACAAGAGUCACUGGUCCUAAAGCUGAGGAGUGUGGAAUUAACUGCUAG